AUGAUUGGCUACGAAGCUGGCGAGCCAGAGGUUGUUACUAGCGAAGCUGAAAGGGAUUACCCGCCACUAGACUCCGGGUUAGCGCACUACACGCCCCGUGAUGCAGCGGUAUCGCAGCGGCGUGACACACCCCGCAUAGACGCGGCCGAGCUCCACGGUAGCUCUCCUGCCCGGCACCAGGGCACACAUGGCGGCCCGCUGGAGGCGGUGCUGAAGGUGCCCGCGGAGCCGCACGCAGACAUGUUCCUCUAUGAGCAGCCUGCAGCGGGGCUGAGUAGCGCCCCGGCAGGUGACGACGCAUCCGUGGAUGGCGAGCCGCCCCGCGUAGGCCGCGACGGCAUACUGCAUGGCCGCGGGCCGUUCUUCGAGGGCGCCGGUCUGGACUUCACCAGCACGGACCAGGUGGCGCUCGAAAGCAUGGCCGCGGCAGACCCGGCGGAGCAGCCGUUCUACGUCAACGCAAAGCAGUACUACCGCAUCCUCAAGCGCCGGUACGCGCGCGCGAAGCUCGAAGAGAAUCUCAAAAUCUCGCGCGAGCGCCGGCCAUACCUGCAUGAGUCCCGCCACAAGCACGCGAUGCGGAGGCCGCGCGGCCAGGGCGGCCGCUUCUUGACGGCUGCGGAGAUAGACGAGCUGAAGAAGCAGGAGCUGGCGCAAUCCAAGGCGAAGUCCCCUGCCAAGGACACCGCCGACGACCGGCCCAAGUCUCCAGACACCUCCUACCCUCCGCAUAAGAUACAGCCGCAGCCGCCUGGCGGCGCUGUAGAUAAGCAACAGGUGGCGGACGCAGCUCCCUCCCGUACCUGA